CCUUUUUUUUUUGUACCAACUCUUUUUUUUCUACCACCUGUUCGCCUGAAAACCGCGCUUACAUGCGUUCAUGAGUAAUAAACGGCGAUCUGCAGGCUCUGCCAGCUUACCUACCGAAACUGCUCGCUUAAUUACGUUAUCUAUUUCUCCACCACCAUCCGAUGCAUCGGAAUUCAUAACCCAUGACAACCACCCAUGCCAGCAGCAGCAGCAGCAGCAGCAACAGGGCGACCUGUAUACCGAGGCAUACAGAGCUGCAUGUCUUGCUGUCAAACUCGAUCGUCUUGGUAAAAGUAGCGAGGCACUUGAUGCCUAUAAACGACUUAUCGAGGCACUAAAAAAAUUGCAACAACUAAGAGACCAUAGGGCAGAGCGUGGCCAAUUGAUACAGAAAUUGAACGAAUACGUGCAUCGACGAGGACAACUCGAACGGUACAGUACCGGAGUCAUGGCUCCAGCAGCUGCUCAUCCCGAUGCGAAAAAGCAUCGUUUGUACGAUGCGCCCGAUACUGUGGAUAAUAGUUCAGACGAAGACGACGAAGACGACGAUGAAGAAACAACAGAGAUCCGUUGGCAUUUGCAAAAAGCUCAAUUUUCGCUGACCCAGGGCGAGCUUAAUGAUACCAAAAAGUAUAUAGAAGAGGCAUUGGAAUAUUAUUUAGAUGCAGCAGAUUGGUCCAAGAAAGCUUAUGAAGCCCUUGCAUACGAUCCGCGAAAACGCGCGUUGGCCCGAAAUCUCUGUUUGCAAGCAGUGGACAAGGCUGAAGAAAUGAAAGCUCAGACCAUGCACCAGAAAAAUCAGCUAUUAGCUGUCAAAAACGACAAGAACUAUGCUACUACUGGCAAUGGUCGACCAGUUAUUGGUCGACAUCGAGCAUCAUCUACUUCAUCAACACGCUCAAAUAUUUCAAUCCGCACGGUUGAUGAAACGACGAACGGCAAAUCGGACAUCUAUCCCGGUGACGAUCUGAUGACACAACGCUUAUCAAGUGCUGAGCUUGAGGUGCUCAAAUAUACAUCCAACGUCAACGACAAUGUGUUUUUACCGUGGAUAGACGAUACGGAUCUGAAAGAAAAGUUUUCAUUUCCAACUCGUUUCAUUGAUCCAGACGGAUCUCUUCGUCUGUCAGAAAAGCAGAUGGCAAAGUUCGGUGGAUGGAAGCGACCCACCGAGUUCAUGAAGAAUCCGAAAUUGAUUCAUCUCAUAUCUAGCACAAGUAUCGUGCAAGAUGUCGUUACGGAUUGUUCCUUUGUAGCUUCUUUAUGCGUCGCUGCUGCUUAUGAACGAAAAUUCAAAAAGCAGCUUAUCACAACAUGUAUAUAUCCCCAAGAUGCACGAGGCCAACCGUGCUAUAAUCCCAAUGGAAAAUAUGUCAUCAAACUUGUACAUAAUGGCAUUCAACGAAAGAUUUUUGUGGACGAUUUACUACCUGUUUCACGAGACGGUACAUUGAUGUGCACUUUCUCUACGCAUAAAGAGGAGUUAUGGGCAAGCAUUAUCGAAAAAGCUUAUAUGAAAUUGAUGGGCGGAUAUGAUUUCCCGGGAUCGAAUUCUGGAAUUGAUUUAUAUUCACUAACUGGAUGGAUCCCCGAACACAUCUUCAUAUACGAUAAACAUUUCGUUGCUGAUAAAGUAUGGGACAGGAUCUUGGAAGGCUCAAAAUACGGCGAUGUUCUUGUGACCAUUGCAACGGGCGAGUUGACAGAAGUUGAUGCUGAUCGUUUGGGUCUGGUUCCCACUCACGCGUAUGCUGUGAUUGACAUAAAAACGGUGCUGGGCAAGCGAUUUAUGCAAGUGAAGAACCCAUGGAGUCACAAACGAUGGCGAGGGCCGUAUAGCCAUAUGGAUACAGCAAACUGGACAAUAGAGCUAAAGAACGCAUUGAAUUAUGAUCCAUACGUGGCAGAGCAGAACGACGAUGGUAUAUUCUGGAUUGAUUUCGAGUCUGUCUGUAGCCACUUUACAUCAAUUCAUCUCAACUGGAACCCGGAGCCGUUUACACAUCGUUGGGUCUUGCAUACCAUCUGGCCGGAGCACGUUGGCCCAAAAAAGGAUGUGUACAAUUUGGGAUACAAUCCACAGUUCAGUCUUCAAGUUACUGUGCCGGAUAAAAAACCUGCAGCUGUAUGGCUACUGCUGUCAAAGCAUGUGAUGAUUACUGAAGAGAAUACCGACUACAUUACCCUCCACGUUUACAGCAACACGAGCGGCCAAAGAAUAUAUUAUCCUGGAGAUCCUUUUAAAGAGGGAACCUAUGUCAAUAGUCCACACAUCUUGGUUCGAUUCAAUGCUCCGCCUGGUACAAGCGACUAUACCAUCGUAGCGUCUCAGCACGAAAAAGCCCAAUCCUUGUACUUCUCGUUGCGUGCAUGGUCACUUGCACCCUUUAAACUUACCGAAGUACCGUUACGAUACUCUAUUGAACAAAAGAUUAUUGGGCAAUGGACUGAACAAACAGCAGGGGGUAAUGCUUCCAAAGCUUCGUAUCUCAACAAUCCACAGUGGAAGAUCCAAGUACCGCCGCCCAGUCCAGGAGAUAAUAAGAAUGAUGCUGGCCUACUGCUUAUGCUAGAGGCUCCCAAAUCUUAUGCUGUGCACUUGAUGCUCGUGGAAGGUGGAAAACGAGCUUCUAGUGUUUCGAUGAGGGAUAUUCUAGCAGAAUCUGGACCUUAUCGUCAUGGCUUUUGUUAUUGUGAACUGCCGCAUAUUACCCCUGGCAGUUAUACUAUAGUUGCUUCUACAUUUGAGCCAGAUCUACUUGGUCAGUUCAUUCUCACUGUUGCAAGUAACGUCAAGGUUCAUGCCGAUCCUAUUCCAUCCGAAGGCGCGGGUAUGUUCCGUAAAGUACUUCAUGGAGAAUGGGUGCGGGGCUACAAUGCCAUGGGUUGCCCUAGUUACGGCCACUAUGGCAACAAUCCUCGGUAUCUUUUAGAGAUCCGAGAAUUGACCACGGUCAAAGUCAGACUACAAGCAGAUAGAAUUAAUCCUAUACCGUCCACCAACGUUACCAUCUAUGAAAAACAUCCGACUGAAUUGUUUGGUCGUGAAGUUGCGACAUCGGGUCCAUAUACAAAUGUCAUCCAAGGCGUCGCAACAAAUGAUGUCGUUUUGAGCCAGAACCAAACAGGAUAUAUCAUUGUACUUGCAACGCAUGAAAAAGACAUUGCUGGCGAGUUUACUGUGACGUUAUACAGUGAUCGACCUGUCAAUGUUCGUAAUGAUCGAUAGUUCAUGUUUCCUACUUGCAUACAUAGUGUUCGACCGAGCCUGAUCAUAUGCCAACCUCUCCACAUUUACACAUGCACACUUCUUCCUUUCCAACUCGCUCCUUCUUGUUCCUCUUCUUCCCUUCGUACAUCAUGCAUAAUAAAACUGCGCUGUUU